GCAGGCCUGGACUGGUCUUGUAUGUGUGAGUAACUUGGCAUUUUUGUACGUUGAAAACGUGUUUUUUAUGAGAUAUAUAAAACUCCGCCCAUCGAACAUUCAGUUCAGCCAGUAAGUGAGGAAAUGCGGUCCAAAAGAGAAACUGAAACUUAACGGUCCUUUCAAUAACGGAGGAGAAAGAAUCCCCAGGAAAAAAGGAAUUAAAUUAAAUGUAAAACGGAGUAAACAGUCUGUUGUGGAGUGGAACUGAGGUCUGCCAAUUUGGGUCAGAAUCCACUUGUGAAUCUGAUCAGGUGUGUUCAGGUGUCCUGAGACAGGGGGCGCUGUUUCUAAAAUGAGUUCCUCAGAGGAGGCCGAGACUGACGAUGGAACCCACGGCCCUGCGAGAGAGAGGGUUCGGGUAGAGAGGGCAGGGUCAUCUGUACCCAGCUAUCUGUCUAUGAAGAGUGACUGUUCAAUUGAUAUUCCAAUCAACUUGAGAGGAGAGUUCAGAGGUGAUCAAAGGGUUCGGGUAGAGAGGGCAGGGUCAUCUGUACCCAGCUAUCUGUCUAUGAAGAGUGACUGUUCAAUUGAUAUUCCAAUCAACUUGAGAGGAGAGUUCAGAGGUGAUCAAAGGAUUCCCUGCUCACUGUUUUUACGUCGUAUAGACGAGGAGAGUUCAGAGAAACUUUCCCCCUUAAAACAGUCUCUUCUGCGCACUCUGAUGAAGCUGAAGAAGACUGAAAAGUUGACACUGUUUCAGAGCCAUCUGAGUCAGGUUUGCCCAGAAUGCUUACAUAGUCUUCCUGAAGAUCCUUCUGUACUGGAUAAGCUUAUGAAUAUCAAGGAAGUGUUCAAGAGUCAUCAAAUUGAUGAUUACCCAGAAUGCACUGAGAGAGGGCAGGAGGAUCCUGAGGCCCUGAACAUAGUUGAGAAGAUGCUGGAGACCUGUGGCAUUGAGGGGUCUCUGAAGAUCACACUCCAUAUCCUGAGGAACAUGAAGAAGAAGGAUGUCACUGACCCACUGGAGAGAGAUGAGCAGCACAAUGAAUUCAAAGAAAGAGCCCAGCAGGCACUGAAAACUCAUCUGAAGAAGAGGUUUGAAUGUAUAUUUGAAGGUUUAGCAAAGCAGGGCCACCAGACCCUCCUCAAUGAGAUCUAUACAGAGCUCUACAUCACAGAGGGGGGAAGUAGGGGGGUCAAUGAUGAACAUGAGAUCAGACAGAUUGAGAUAGCAUCGAAGAGACAAACCACACAUGAGACCGCAAUCAUCUGCAAUGACAUCUUUAAGCCUUCACCUGGACAAGAGAAACCAAUCAGAACUGUGCUUACAAAGGGCAUCGCUGGCAUUGGGAAAACAGUCUCUGUGCAGAAGUUCAUUCUGGACUGGGCAGAUGGAAAAGCCAAUCAGGACAUUGAUUUCAUCUUCACUCUUCCUUUCCGAGAUCUGAAUCUGAAAAAGGAGAGAGAAUUUAGUCUCAUGGAACUUCUGCAGCACUACUAUCCACAACUGAAAGAGAUCAAAAGUUUUGAAGAUGAUGAAGUCAAAGUUGUGUUCAUCUUUGAUGGUCUGGAUGAGUGUCGACUUCCUCUAGAUUUCCAAAGAAAUGAGAUUUGCUGUGAUAUAACAGAGUCAUCAUCAUUGGAUGUGCUGCUGACCAACCUCAUUAAGGGGAAUCUGCUUCCCUCUGCCCUCCUCUGGAUCACCUCCCGACCAGCAGCAGCCAAUCAGAUCCCUCCUGAGUGCGUCCACCAGGUGACAGAGGUACGAGGAUUCAAUGACCCACAGAAGGAGGAGUACUUCAGGAAGAGAAUCAGAGAUCGGAACAAGGCCAGCAAAAUUAUCUCACACAUAAAGUCAUCCAGGAGUCUCUACAUCAUGUGUCACAUACCAGUCUUCUGCUGGAUUUCUGCCACUGUACUGGAGACAAUGUUGGGUAAAGUACGCAAUAGAAAAAUGCCCAAAACUCUGACUGAAAUGUACACACACUUCCUGCUCAUUCAGACUAAUGUGAAGAAUGAGAAGUAUCAUGGCACCAAUGAGGCAACCCCAAAGAAAAAGUCAGCAUCAAAUACAGAAAUCAUCCUGAACCUGGGGAACCUGGCUUUACUACAGCUGGAAAGGGGCAAUCUGAUAUUCUAUGAAGAGGACCUGAGAGAAAGUGGCAUUGAUGUCAGUGAAGCUUCAGUGUACUCUGGGGUGUGCACAGAGAUCUUUAAAGAGGAGUGUGGGUUGGGUGAGAAGAAGGUCUACUGCUUUGUGCAUCUGAGCAUUCAGGAGUAUCUGGCUGCCUUGUUUGUGUUUCAUUCAUGUGUGAAUGAGAACAGAAAUGUACUCAGAGCAGAAGAAUCAAAACCUUGCAGUGACAGAGUGCAGCUGUCUGAGUUACACACGACUGCAGUGGAUCAGGCCUUAGGGAGUAAGAAUGGACACCUGGACCUUUUCCUCAGAUUCCUUCUAGGCCUCUCUCUGGACUCCAUUCAGACUCUAUUAGGAGGAAUACUGACACAGACAGGAAGCAGAUCACCUACAGGAAGCAGAUCAGAGAGCAUUGACAAAACAGUAUUGUACAUAAAGGAGAGGAUCAAAAAAGAAUCUUCAGCAGAGAGGACCAUAAAUCUUUUCCACUGUCUCAAUGAACUGAAUGACAACUCUCUAGUGAAGGAAAUCAGGAAUUUCCAGAGAUCAGGAAAACUCUCUAAUGAAAAGCUGGAACCACACCAAUGUUCAGCCAUGGCCUUUAUGUUACUGAUGUCAGAGGAGGUCCUAGAUGAGUUUGACUUGAAGACCUACAAAACAUCAGCAGCAGGUUAUGAGAGACUGCUAUCAGUAGUCGGGAACUGCAGGAAGGCCAUACUAUACAGCUGUGGCCUCACAGAGACAUCCUGUGAAAUUGUGGCCUCUGCUCUCCAGUCAUCAAACUCACCCCUGAGAGAUCUGGACCUCAGCAACAAUAACCUGGGAGAUUCAGGAGUGAAGCUGCUCUGUGCUGGACUGAUGAGUCCAAACUGUAAACUACAGACACUGGGACUAUACAGCAGUGGCCUCACAGAGAUGUCCUGUGAAAUUGUGGCCUCUGCUCUCCAGUCAUCAGACUCGCCCCUGAGAGAUCUGGACCUCAGCUGCAAUAGCCUGGGAGAUUCAGGAGUGAAGCUGCUCUGUGCUGGACUGAUGAGUCUAAACUGUAAACUACAGACACUGGGGUCUCCAAACUGGUCGCGUAAACCUGCCACGAAAUCUGACAGUGAUCGCAGCAUAUCCACAGCCGUAACAAGAUCCACAUCUACCUUCUGGAGGAUAGUACUCGUUUUGUGUAAUCUCACAGAUGGAUGCUGUGAUGUUCUGGCCUCAGUCCUGCGCUCUCCUCACUCAGAGCUGAGAGAUCUGGAGCUCAGAGACAAUGAGCUGCAGGAUUCAGGAGUGAGAGCGCUCUCUGCUGGACUGGAGGACCCACACUGUAAAGUGCAGAGACUGGGACUGUCAGGCUGUAGAGUCACACAGAGAGGCUGUGAUUCUCUGGCUUCAGCUCUGUGUUCAAACCCCUCACACCUGAGAGAGCUGGACCUGAGAUACAAUCACCCAGGAGACUCAGGAGUGAGAGCGCUGUCUGCUGCUAAACUGGACACACUCACACUGCUUGUGGACCAUGGAGGAGAGAACAGGACCAAACCAGGACCCAGGAAAUAUGGCUGUCAGCUCACACUGGAUCCAAACACAGCGCACAGAAACCUGUCUCUGUCUGAGGGGAACAGGAGGGUGACACACACACCGGGGAGAGCGGAGCCAUAUCCUGAUCAUCCAGAGAGAUUUGAGUGCUGGACCCAGGUUGUGUGCAGAGAGAGUGUGUGUGAGCGCUGCUACUGGGAGGCUGAAUUCAGUGUGUCUGAGGGGGGGGGAUGGGUUUAUAUAGCAGUGACAGAUAAAGGAAUCAGCAGGAAAGGAUGGGAUUCUGACUCUGGGUUUGGACAGAAUAAAAACUCCUGGAGUCUGCGGUGCUUUAAUGAUUACGGCCGCUCUGAUAAACUCAGUUACUCUGUCUGGCACAAUAAGAACCGAACAGACCUACCUGCCCUCACCUCCCCCUACCGCAGAGCAGGAGUGUGUGAUGAUGAUGAUGCUGGUAAAGGAGUGUGUGUGUACAGGGUAGGAGUGCGUGUGGACCGUCCAACCGGCACUCUGUCCUUCUACAGCGUCUCUGAC